AGACAUUCUCCCCUGGGCAUUUCGAACCCGCAAGACUUUGGCAGAUGGCAGAGUUGUCAGAGCAGAUGUCUUAAACGGGGAUGAGUGGUACGAGCACAGCUGGAACGUCGAAGACGACCAGAACGACAUUGAGCCUUACAACACCUGGAAUUUUGGGGUGCCUAAACUUGGAGAAGCAGGGAGAUAUACACUCUGUUGGGGUGAAAAUCCAGCACUGAGUGAUCCGGUACUACUUUUUCAUAGUAGUAAGUACACAGGAUCAUGAUCAUGAACAAGCUCCUCAUCCACCUAUAUUCUCCUCCUCCUGUGGUAUUAUUGAUGUGUUCCUUUCAUUGCGAUUGCUUGUGGUGAAGGAAGUUUAGGAAUGGUGAUUACCCACUCAACGACUCAAGAACACCAUCUUCAUCAGAAGUCGAUAAACCGAAACUCCAUCUAAUUCAGGUUUACGUCUGGUACUCGCACCACUACAUGAAUGUUGGAUGGUUUUCUAUGGAGCUAACUGCCAGUUGCCGCUUGGGCG